GUGACGUACUUCAAAAAGGUUUAUCUCUCGAUCAUAUAAACACCAUCCAUAUCUUUCCUUCUACAACCUACCUAUCGAAUCUAUCCUUAUCUCUCUGUUUACCCUAAUUCAUCUUCAAUACCCUCAAAUUAUUUGAUUAUUGACAAGAUGGUAGCAGCUGCUUCAACUCUUGCUUCCAAGUCGGUUCUUCCAGCUGGUCAUUUCCUCUUUACCUCUGAAUCGGUCGGAGAAGGUCAUCCGGAUAAGAUUUGUGAUCAGGUCUCCGAUGCCAUCUUGGAUGCUUGCUUGAAAGAGGACCCUUGGUCAAAAGUGGCUUGUGAAUCGGCCAGUAAGACAGGAAUGAUCAUGGUCUUUGGUGAGAUCACAACCCGUGCACCUCUUGACUAUCAAAAAAUUAUCCGGGAUACCAUCAAGAGAAUCGGAUACGAUCAUUCAGACAAGGGAUUUGACUACAAGACUUGCAAUGUCUUGGUUGCUAUUGAACAACAAUCUCCGGAUAUCGCUCAAGGUUUAGAUCACGGUGAUUUGGAAAACCACGGAGCUGGAGAUCAAGGAAUUAUGUUUGGUUACGCUACUGAUGAGACCGAAGAGCUCAUGCCAUUGACUCUCGUCUUAGCCCAUCAACUUAAUAAGAAGAUGGCCGAUGAGCGUCGUCGGGAGGGUGGUUUGAACUGGCUUAGGGCUGAUUCUAAGACUCAAGUCACUAUCGAAUACAAGAAGGAGGAAGGUAGUGGGGCUGUCACUCCGAUCCGGGUCGAUACUAUUGUGGUCUCGACUCAACACGCGGAGGAAAUCUCUACAGAAGAUCUAAGGUCAGAAAUUAUGGAAAAGAUCAUCAAGCAAGUCAUCCCAUCAAGGCUUUUGGACGAUCGAACAAUCUAUCACAUCCAGCCCUCUGGCCGCUUCGUGAUCGGUGGUCCUCAGGGAGAUGCUGGGCUUACUGGUCGAAAGAUCAUUGUUGACUCCUACGGUGGUUGGGGUGCCCAUGGUGGUGGUGCCUUCUCAGGGAAAGAUUGGUCCAAAGUUGACCGAUCGGGUGCUUACGCGGCUCGUUGGAUUGCGAAAUCUUUGAUUGCUGCUGGCCUUGCUCGACGGAUUCUGGUUCAGCUGUCAUACGCUAUUGGUGUUGCAGAACCCCUUAGUAUCUUUGUUGACUCUUAUGGGACGGCUAAAGGUAAGACGGAUGCCGAACUUGUCGAUGUGAUUAAGAACAAUUGGGAUUUGAGACCUGGUGUAGUUGUCAAGGAAUUGGAUCUCCAGCGUCCAAUCUAUGCCCAGACAGCCUCUUAUGGUCACUUUGGUAACCCCAACUACCCAUGGGAGAAACCUAAACAGCUCAAAUUCUAGGAAUGUGCCGAAAUCACUUGUGUUUUUUUAUUGUCUCUCGGACUCCUUAGGUAUCCUUCUUUGUUUUGUUUGGUAUGAUGAAGAUUAUAGACAUGGAGACAUAAAAAGCAGUUCAACCUGCAAAUGCACUAUCCAUUUAGCUUUCUUUUUUUCAAUAUAAAGUUGUGUGUGAUUGUUAGUUAUAUUUUUUAGUUGAUAUAUUAGUUAUUGCAUGUGCAAAUUUGUGCUCCCUCGUACACCGUUCCAUCAAUUUGAAAUCUCGCCGAAGAUAAUGGGGUCAAUGCAUAUGAUAUGAGCAUGUCCAAACAAUAUUUGAUUCACAAGUUCAGGUUUU